GACUGACUGUUUCAAUUUGUAGGCACGUCUCAGCGCUGCUGAUCUUAGGCAACAUGAGGGGAAAUUAAUAUUUCACUCCUCACCUCCACUUUAAAAAAGAACAAAAAGCAGCUGGUUUAGCUGGUGGAGAUGGAGAACGAGCACACAGAAGAGCUGAAGCCAGACGACUGGAGGGCUCUGGAGCAGCCAUGGGGAAUGAAGGUGUUCCUCACCAUCCUCUAUGGUGGCAUGCUGGUGAUGGGGAUCGUGGGUAAUGGCAUCACCAUCAAGGUCAGCCAGGUCCUCCGGAGGAAGGGCUACCUGCAGAAGAACGUGACGGACCACAUGGUGAGCCUGGCGUGUUCGGACCUCCUGGUGCUCCUCAUCGGCCUCCCCGCGGAGCUCCACAACGCCGUCUGGUUCCCCUUCGCCUCCUCCUCGUGCAACGUGUCCUGCAAGGCCUACAACUUCCUGUUCGAGGCCUGCAGCUACGCCACCAUCCUGAACGUGGCCACGCUGAGCUUCGAGCGCUACGUGGCCGUCUGCCACCCCUUCCGGUACAAGUCCCUGUCGGGCUCCCGCACCGUGCGGCUCAUCAUCUUCGCCUGGAUCGCCUCGGCCCUGGUGGCCCUGCCGCUGCCCUUCGCCACGGGCGCCGAGGACCCCGUCGACAUCCUGGAGGUGGAGAACGAGACGCUGCUGGCGGAGGACAUGCGCAACCUCACCUUCUGCACCAACCUCAGGGGCCGCUGGGACAUGUACAGGGCGAGCGUGUUCGUGGCGUUCGUCGUCUACGCGGUCGUCCUGGCCAGCGUGGGCUUCAUGUGCCGCAGCAUGAUCCGGGUUCUGGCGGGAGACGGGGUCAGGUUGGGCGAGCCGGGCGGCAGCGGCGCCGUGGCGCUUCCCAAGCACGAGAGUUCAAAGGUCAAAGCUUCCAGGAAGCAGACGAUUGUGUUUCUAGGCUUAAUUGUGGGUGCUCUCGCAGGAUGCUGGAUCCCCAAUCAGAUCCGACGGCUGAUGACGGCGGCCUCACCCAAAUCCGAGUGGACCGUGCCCUACUUCAGGGCCUACAUCGUUCUCCACCCCAUCGCCGACACCUUUUUCUACCUCAGCUCCGUGAUCAACCCCUUCCUCUACAACCUUUCCUCCCGCCAGUUCCGUCGAGUCUUUGUCCAGGUGCUGCAGUGCCGGCUGACCAUCGAGCACGUCAACAAGAGGACCCUGAACACUUCCGACAGCACCUCAGCCCGUUCGCUGCGCCCCCUGCUGCUCAGGUCCUUCCGGCGUGACCGGCCCACCGAGGCCAAGGCCACUUCCCCUCCGGCAGGCCACGCCCCUACUCACCGCGAGAGCUUGGCCGGCCCCUCGGAGUCUUCCGAGCGGAGUGCGACGCAGGAGAGCAGCCUGACUUCACAAACUGAAAUCUGAGACCUGCCAAGGAUGUACAGUGCAGGGUUCUCCAAUAAGCUUCCCAAGAAACAUGUUCCUCAGAGGUGGUACCAAGGAAAUUCAUGGUUUCCCCAAGGAGAUGUGCAGUUUCCCGAAGGAGUCACCAAUUAAAUAUGCAUUUUCUCCAAGGAUGAAAGAAUGUAGACAGAAUGCAACAGGUUGUAGCAGCGAUUUCAUCCAGAAAUUACAUUUGCAUGUCAUGUUACCGUAAGUAUUUGGACAGUGGUACAAUUUCUGUUCUUUUCGAUCUGUACUCCAGCACAUUGGAUUUGAAGUGAAACAAUAAUCGGGAUAAGAUGCCUACCAGUCCCUUUGUGAUUACUGAGCUCACCAAUGCUCUUUUUCGUUCUAAUGAUGUUCUAAACUAUUGAUUUUGGUCUGCCUAUUGUUUGGUCCAUGUCUAUUUCUAUGUUUUUUUUUUCUUAUUUCUCAGCCUCAUAAAUGCUUCCCUAACAGUCAUUGGCACAACUCUGGUCCUCAUAUUGACAAACAGCAAUAACACACUCCAAAUGUAACCAAAAGCCUAGAAUCAAGACUAGGUACUGAAAGCUUUGUUAUUACUGCACUAAGGAAGCGAUUGAAUACACCUGACUAAUCCAACUGUCCCAUUAUAUUUGGUAUGUUAUGUAUAACAGAUGUUGUUUCUACACAGAUCACCCAAUGUGCAUGUACAGUAAAUACCUUCAAAUAAAAUAAAUGGCUGCAUUUUAACUUCAUUAUUCAUAGCUUCAUUUAAAAUCCAAUGUGCAUGAGUA